GUGCGCGCUCCGCGCCAUGGCGGGCGCUGCGGCUCCGCUCCUGUUCCUGCUCCUGCUCCUGCGGGCCGCCAGCGCCGAGCCCCAGCUGCGCUUCAGGCCGCCGGCCGAGGCCCCCGUGCGGCUCUUCACCGAGCCCGAGCUGGCCAGAUACGACGGGCAGCAGGAAGGACAGCCCAUCUACCUGGCAGUGAAGGGAGUAGUGUUUGAUGUCACCUCUGGAAAAGAAUUCUAUGGAAAAGGAGCCCCAUACAAUGCUUUAGUUGGAAAAGACUCAACAAGAGGAGUUGCAAAGAUGUCUCUGGAUCCAGCAGAUCUUACACAUGACACAACAGGACUCACAGAGGAGGAACUGAAGUCCCUGGAUGACAUCUUCAAUAAUGUUUAUAAAGCCAAAUAUCCAAUUGUUGGCUAUACUUCUCGGCGGAUUCUGAAUGAGGAUGGCAGCCCCAAUCUGGACUUUAAACCUGAAGAUCAACCACAUUUCAGCAUUAAAGAUGAGUUUUGAGGAAUAUUUUUGUACCUAGAGAAUGCCUGGGGAAAGGCACAGCAGAAUAUUCAAUUAAUUCCCUGUGCUGUGGAGUUCAUUACUACAAUUAGCUAUCAUGAGUCAGUUCUCUGCUCAGAAAAUAUGUGUGUGUGUACACACAUAGCAUAGAGGAAACACAGAUCCAGGAUUUCUCUGUUAAGAAGUGUAUAAUGUAAAAUUACUUUCCUUAGAAGAGAGAAGAAAGCUUUUAAUAAUUGAAAUAUGACUGGUCUUUUUGUAACUCCCAAGUUGUUUCCCACUCCUUGGAAAAGUGUAAAUGAAUUAUUUGGACGAGCUAACAUAAAUUCUCUGUGCUUCAUGUGAAUGUAGGCAUCACGAGAACAGACAGGUGCAAUAGAGGCUUACAUUUUAAAAAGCAUUUUGGAGUUUAAUAUUUGAUGGGUUUGAGAAUACUGGAUAUAGAGCCACUCAGUAUCCUCAAAUGCAGUUACUGUGGAGUAUUAUGCAGUACUGUGCAGUAUACAGUGCAAAGCCUACAGCUGUAAACUGAGAAAAAUAAAUCUUUUCUUCCCCCAUGAGGACUACUGUGACAUUUUGAAUAAGACUGUUAUGUUAGGUUUAGAUAAAUGACACUUUACUUUUUAAAAAUAAUUUUCAAAAAGUCAUCUAUAUUAGAUUAUGAUGAUUUCCUUCUACCUUUCUCCAGUCUUUCUCUGACAAAAAGAGGAAAUCAUAGCCCACUGUUUGCAACAUACUCUUACAGCACAAGUUUAUUACAACAGUUUAGUGUCCUGUGGAUGUUGUUAGCAUUUUUACAUUAACAAUUUCAGCUCUCAUUUUUUAUGCCUCUUAGUUUUCCUUUGUUGUUACCCUGGCUUUAUCACUGCUGUUUUAAUGAAGUGUGCAGUGCCAUAUUCCUCUUCCUGUUAAUCUGAUACAAAACUGCAGAUUCUGCAGGGUGAAAGCAGACCCUCUUUAUGGUGUUUUCAUGACAGUCUUUCAGCAACAAGAGGACUGUAAAAGCCUGAGCUGUAUAAAUUGCUGCUAACCCCUGACUUUCACUAACUUAAGUAGAAUGUGAAUUGCCCCAUAUGUAGAUUUAUCUACCACUGUCACCAUUUUGAUUUAUAUGGGAAAAACUAAGCAGCUGCUCCCAAUUCUGUAUUAAUAACACUGAUAUAAUAAAAAUAUGAUUCUGUCUUGUUCUAUUUCUUAAGCUUUCUAUGAAAAGAAGAUUUUUUUAGAUGAUUCUCCAUCUUCUAGUUUGCAGGGGACAGCUGCCUGUCAGUUGAAUAACUAGAAAAGCUGUUUCUAUGUAUGUGCCCACUCUUUCACAAUGUUUUAGAACAAUGAUUUUAUUCUAGAUUUGUUUUGUGUCUCACUAUUGGACCACUUCAUUUGCAGGAGGGACUCCAUGGGCCCUGCCACUGUUGGAUGGUGCUCUGAAUAGAAAAAAUAAACCAGCAUCUUAAGAAGUUA